AUGGCGACUUACAAUGUUCUCACCUUUGACGCAGAGGGCCGCCCGAUCGAAUUUGAGACCUGGUUAGACGACCUUAGGCUCUACCUUCAGUGCGAGUCUAAGGAUCGUGUGUCCCUGUUCGCUCAUACGUCUGGUAGCGCUGCCGCCCCUGCAGACACUGCUGACGCUGACACUCUCGUAGCUCGCUACAGCUCGCCUGCCACUGCUGCGCUAGGCCGUCUUAUCCUGCCCUACCUCUUUCCUGACCUGUCCGCCUUUCCUACAGUCGCUGAUCUCAUCACCCACCUCCGCACUAGCGACACUCGGGUGCGUGCUGCGACCCCUGCCGACUUCCUCACCAAGAACCCUCCCCCUAUCCACUACACCCUCUACCUCCUAGUCACUCGCCUCCCUGACUCUCUUCGCGCUGGGUGUUCCCCCUCUCCCCUCCUCCCCUCUGUCGCCACUGCUGCUGCUGUCGACCUCCUUGGUGCUGAGGAGGUUGGGGUUGCGUCUGCUUCCAGUGGCAGGCGCCGCAGCGGCAAGGGGAAGGGCGGCAAGGGUGGUGGGGGUGGUGGGGGUGGAGGCGGUGGUGGAGGCUCGGGUGGUGGCGGCGGGGGUGGUGGGAGCGGCGGGGGUGGGGGUGGGGGUGUUGGGGUCGGUGGUGGUGGCGGCAGUGGGGGUGGCAGCGGCGGAGGUGGCGGCGGUGGGAGUGGCAGCGGCGUCGGUGGCGGUGGACGCAGUGGUGCGGCCCGGCACAGCGGCUUUACAGGCAGCCAGGCACAGCAGCAGCAGCGCCAGCGCCUGCCCCGUACGCCGCAGGACCUUCGUGAGUGGUACGCGCAGCGUCAGUCGCCUGGGGGUGGUGGUACCUGCCCGUAUUUUCCUGACUCCUCUGAGAUGACCAACUGGGCUGAGCUGCUUAGGAGGGGAGUAGAGAUCUUUGAUCUUGACUAUGAUGCUAUCCUUGCUGCCAUGUAUGCAUUGACUAUUAGUGAUGAGGGUGACUGUUACCUGUGUGUUCCGCCAGACCCUGGUAUAGAGGCUGCUGCUCCAGGUGCUUGUGAGUCUGUUGCCCUUGGUGCUUGUGAGUCUGCUGCUCUAGGUGCUAGUGAGUCUGCUCUCUCAGGUACUGCGCCUACUGAGGCCUUGUACACUUUCACGCUAGACUCAGGUGCCUCCCGCUGCUUCUUCCGCGACAGCACCACAGUCACACCGCUCUAUGCACCGGUUCCCGUCUCCCUUGCUUACCCCUCUGGGGAACCUGUCCUUGCACGUUCCUCCACUGUCCUCCCCUGUCCGGCGGUCCCGUCUGGCUCACUUACAGGUCUCCACCUCCCCUCGUUCUCCACGAACCUGGUGAGUAACGCCGUCAUCCAGGAUGAGUGGGUUGACACCUUCACCCCUGGAGGACGUCGUGUGGCGAUCUGCACGUGUGCCCGCACGGGCCGCCACCUGGCCACGUUCACCCGUCGGCCUGGGUCGAGUCUGUACACCCUGACUGUCGGGUCUCCCCAGGUUGCUGCUACUGGUCAGGUGUCCUUGUCCGGACUGCAGUCUGCCCCUUGCUUGUGUCGUCGCCUGUCGCACCAGACUCUCCUCUGGCACCACCGCCUUGGUCACCCCUCUCUGCCACGCCUCCGUGGCAUGCACUCCCGUCUGCUUGUCUCUGGUCUUCCCCAGUCGCUGCCGUCGCUCCCACGCUCGCCUGCCCCGCCGUGUCUCCCUUGUGUCGAGGGGCGGCAGCGCGCCGCUCCUCACUCCUCCUCGUUUCCCCCGACAGACGCUCCCCUGCAGACUCUCCACAUGGACGUGUGGGGCCCAGCCCGCGUCCAGGGACAGGGCCGCGAGCAGUACUUUCUGCUGGUUGUUGACGACUACUCGCGGUACACCACGGUCUUCCCCUUGCGCAGCAAGGGUGAAGUCCCUGCUAUCUUGAUCCCUUGGAUCCGCGCUGUUCGUCUCCAGCUCCGCGACCGUUUCCAGACGGACUUUCCCGUCCUACGUCUGCACUCUGACAGAGGUGGUGAGUUUUCCUCCGACCUCUUGCAGGACUUUUGUCAGGGGGAGGGCAUCCUCUAG